ACACCGGUUGGCUAAGGCGGUUGUGAGACCCGCCCAACUGAGGGCAAAGCUUCCUGCUGGCUUUUCCAAAGAGCUCUCGGAAGCGGAGGAGGUUGUUGAUGGCUAGUUAGCAGAGGCGAAAAGGAAAAGAUGGGGUGACGAAACUAGCUGUCAGUGUAUUUAUUUACUCUUUACCCAUUCUGACGCUACAAGGAAAAUCGGGGAAUAACCUGAUGUCCUUUAAUAAAAUUUAGAAGGUUUUCAAACACACGGAUGCUGCUGCCCCAUCGGCAGGCGAAAAUACCGCAAUCGUCUUCCGGUGAUAAUAUUUAAAAUCCCCAAACCGAUCUUUAUUAAAAAAUAGGAAAGAAAACUACUGAAGAUCUGGGAACUAAGAUUCACAUCAGCGGAUCAUUUCCUGUGCUGUUGGGAGUGAGACGGAGGUAGAGACCUGAAAUACAGACUGGACUUCCGUUGGGCUGGUCAUCGUGCAGACUGAACUCCCACUGUGCUGGUCAUCGUAUAGACUGGACUCCCGUUGGGCUGGUCAUCGUACAGACUGGACUCCCACUGUGCUGGUCAUCGUGCAGACUGAACUCCCACUGUGCUGGUCAUCGUAUAGACUGGACUCCCACUGUGCUGGUCAUCGUACAGACUGGACUCCCGCUGGGCUGGUCAUCGUACACACUGGACUCCCGUGGGGCUGGUCAUCGUACACACUGGACUCCCGUUGGGCUGGUCAUCGUAUAGACUGAACUCCCACUGUGCUGGUCAUCGUACAGACUGGACUCCCUUUGGGCUGGUCAUCGUACAGACUGAACUCCCACUGUGCUGGUCAUCGUGCAGACUGGACUCCCACUGUGCUGGUCAUCGUACAGACUGGACUCCCGUUGGGCUGGUCAUCGUACAGACUGGACUCCCGUUGGGCUGGUCAUCGUACAGACUGAACUCCCACUGUGCUGGUCAUCGUGCAGACUGGACUCCCGCUGGGCUGGUCAUCGUGCAGACUGGACUCCCGCUGGGCUGGUCAUCGUAUAGACUGGACUCCCGCUGGGCUGAUCAUCGUACAGACUGGACUCCCGUUGGGCUGGUCAUCGUACAGACUGGACUCCCGUUGGGCUGGUCAUCGUACAGACUGAACUCCCACUGUGCUGGUCAUCGUACAGACUGGACUCCCACUGUGCUGGUCAUCGUACAGACUGGACUCCCACUGGGCUGGUCAUCGUACAGACUGGAUUCAACAAACUUCAACACUACUGCUCUGUAUAGCACAGCAGGGCCUGUAACAACACAGCCUCUAAAUGGACCUCCGAAAACAGACUGCUCCUCAAAUAUAAUCUCAUAGAGUAGAAUAUAGUGUGUUGCAUUGCAUUAUUUUAUUGUGGAUAUUUUCUAAUAAGUUAUAUUGAAACUGGAGUCUAGGAAGCCCUGUAUAUUUAUAUAUAGAUGGAUAUAUUAGACCCGUCUUGAGGUUGUAAGGUUUACAUUUGUAGGGUUUACAGAAGCUGUGUAUGCACUGGGAUUUAUUUAAUAAGACUGGUCUUAUAAGACUAACCCCCCAUCUCCAUCACUCUCAAUACUCAACAUUGUUUCAAAGUUUUACAUCAAAAUAAGUUUGAAACAGUUUAACCUUAAAUGGGGAGGCCCUGUGGUUAAACUGCAUGCGAUUAUGAUCUACGUUAGAUUGCUGAUCUACCAUGCAUUGACCGGCGUUGGACUGCUCCGUGAGUUCCUGUACUGCACCUCUGUGUGUGUGUGUCGGCACUAACACCAUUGAAAGCUCACUCCUUAUGAAAAGCUUGCCCUGAAGCACUAACAUAGUCUUCAAAUGGAGUUCUCCAGCCUUGUAUAAAGACUGGACCAGCAGUGUAUGGGAUCACUUCCACUACAUGAAAGAGCUGCUGUUCUUUGCACUAGUCCUUGUAUUGAAUAUUUCAAUCGCCAGCUCGUUCUGCUGAGAUACAAAUACUAAUAAGCGUGAAUAGACACGCAGUGACACUGAAAUACUCUGUGAAGCGGUUUGUAACACAGCCUGUGGACUCUGCAGACACACAAGGAUUCGACAGCCUGGUGACUGAACCACAGCCCGGGUUUAUAUGCAAUUUUAACACAAGCUAGGAGACCAGCACACCAAUGAGGAGCCCGGCAGAAUUCCUAAGCGUGCCGUUUUCCGAGGCGAUCCUGCACGGAGAAUUCGGGGAUCACAGCGGUGGCACUGGAGGGGGAUCUGGCCCCCGCUACGCCCUGACACUCACCCCCACGGAGCUGCACAUCCAGCGGCUGGUUCCUCGCCCCCAAGACGACCGCAGGACCGUGGUGUCCCUGUCCGACGUGGUCGGCUGCCACGUCAUGCGCCGCAAAGCCUCGCCGGCGAGGGGGGGAGGGGCCGAGGAGGGUGAAGGACCCGCCUACUUCUCCCUCUACUCCUAUCCGGUGAAGAAGAGGCGCAUGGGGGGCGGGCGCUGCCGGCAGAGGGUGGUCCGGACUUUCCGAGUGGAUUCGGCGGCUCGGGUGUCGGAGAACCGGAGCGUGGCUGAGAAAUGGAUGACUGCUGUGCUGUGCCUGCUGAGGGGAGUGAACCUGACUGGAGCUACAGAGAUCACCAGCAGUCUCUUGCCCCGCCCCCGCCGCCUCCUCCUAUUGGUUAACCCCUUCAGUGGGCAGGGCCAGGCCAUGCAGCUCUGUCACACCCACAUUCUGCCGAUGGUCCGGGAGGCGAACAUCAGCUACAAUCUCAUCCAGACAGAGCGUCCGAACCACGCCCGGGAGCUGAUGAGGGAGCUUGCACUGCAAGAGUGGGACGGCAUUGUCAUCAUCUCCGGGGACGGACUGCUGCACGAGGUGAUUAAUGGUCUGAUGGCUCGAGGGGACUGGAAGCAAGCUAUCCAGACUCCAGUGGGGAUCCUGCCCUGUGGCUCUGGCAAUGCCCUCGCUGGAGCAAUAAACCACAACGCUGGGUUUGAGAUGUGUCUCCGGGACCCCCUCCUGAUGAACUGCUGCUUUCUGCUGUGCAGGGGAGGAGUCUGUCCCAUGGACCUCGUUUCCAUAACGAUGUCGACAUCGAUCACCGCAAAGCAUCCUGGGGAAAACACUGAACGGGAGCCGGAGCGGCUGGCCAGCGAGGAGGAAGAGGCGGGGUCAGCGAGCUCUGGCCGUGGGGUUCACCGGCGCCUCUUCUCCUUCUUGUCUGUGGCCUGGGGCUUCGUGUCCGACGUGGAUAUCGAGAGCGAGCGCUACCGAGGGCUGGGCUCGGCUCGCUUCACGAUGGGCACGCUGGUGAGGCUCGCCUCCCUCCGGUCCUACAGGGGCCGCCUCUCCUACCUGCCCCAGUCUGCCACCUCCCUCUCCUCCCUCUCCCUGCCCCCCCUCGCCCAGCUCCAGCAGCAGCCCCCCAGGAGGCCCUUAUCCAGGAGCAUCACAGAGGGCCUGGGGGCCUGCAGCCGGCUCCCCCUGCACAGGACGGUGUCUGACAUGGGUCUGAGCGAGGAGCGGAACCUGCUGAAGAGAAACACGCCGAGCGCUCUGUCUCCCGUGCCCGGCUGCUUGCAGGAGGUGGUGCAGCCCGCCUGUGCGCCGCCUAGUGACGGCACGCCGACAGAGCAAGCCGCCUCGUCCUGCUUCGCAGAAGGGGUGCCGUCCAUUUCGGAAGCAGCGAGUCCUGACGCUGGUCACCCAUACAAGACCGCACCCACCCAGGAAAUGCCAGCCUCGCUGGCCCCUCCCAUUCCCAGCCCCUCCCCUUCGCCCUCGUCCUCGCAUCAUUACCUCACCUCGGCAUUCACCUUCGACCUCCCGGUGUCGGACGAUCAAAACUCCACCCCCGUUCUGAACCACCAAUCGGAAAGCGGCUCCCGGGCGAGAGCGGGAGAGCGGGCAGCUCAGUCUAACGGCACCGUCGAUCACGCGGAACAGCAAUCUACGUUCCUCGCGCGGACGAUGGAUGCGUUGGGCUCCGUAACGCAGGAGAGAGGAGUGAAGAGCGACCCGGGGCAGAGAAAUCAUUUCCCUCCACGAGCGGAAGACGAGACCGGGCCGGUUGACGGGCUCCUGCAGCCUUUGGACCGGCCGGUACCGAAGAACUGGGUGACCCUGGAGGGGGACUUCGUCCUGGUCCUGGCCCUCUAUCAGUCCCACUUGGGGGCUGACUUGUUCGCGGCCCCCCAGGCCCGCUUCGACGACGGCACCAUCCACCUGAGCUUCGUGCGAGCCGGGAUCUCCAGGGGGGUGCUGCUUCGGCUCUUCCUGGCCAUGGAGCGAGGGACCCACCAGGAGAUCGAGAGCCCUUUCGUCAGCCACAUCCAGACCCGAGCCUUCAGACUGGAGCCCCUGUCCCACAGAGGCACGCUCACCGUGGAUGGAGAGCUGGUGCCCUAUGGAUCUCUGCAGGCUCAGGUGCAUCCUGGGAUGGGUCGCCUGAUCGUCGGAGACCCUGCAGUGAAAAUCACAAAGUUCUAAGUUGUUUUGGUGGGAGAGGGGGUGGAACCUCCAGGCAUGACCAAUAAGAAGUUGCCACUCGGACAUUCUGAGUCGACGUGUUUUUCAGGACUUUGUUUGUCAGGCAUUCUGGGUGGAUUACUAAUCAGCCCUUGAUGUUUUGGAAUUUACCUUCGAAGACGACUUUUUUGCUCUGGCAUUCUGUGAGGGCUCUUCAGAGAGUGAGGGCUUUUCAGAGAGUGAGGGCUUUUCAGAGAGUGAGGGCUUUUCAGAGAGUGAGGGCUUUUCAGAGAGUGGGGGCUUUUCAGAGAGUGAGGGCUUUUCAGAGAGUGAGGGCUUUUCAGAGAGUGAGGGCUUUUCACAGAGUGAGAGCUUUUCAGAGAGUGAGGGCUUUUCAGAGAGUGAGAGGUUUUCUGCUCUGGCACUGCGUGGCCUGUACGGGGGUCCUUGACGUUUUGAGACGCUUUGUGAGUUCAGAUCGAGAGAUACAUGUGAAGUGUUUGAGCACCCCUUGACUUUACAGCGUUGUCACGACUUUGUGUUGCUCUGUUUCUUUCUACAGCACAGCUCCCAGGUUUAUUCCUGUUAUAAUUAGAGAUCUUUUUUGUUUAUUUAUUUAUUUUUGGAGGGUAACACAAUGCUAUUAAUGCUAGUCCUCAGCUAGUCUCUAUGAUUAGUUUGAAAACUGUGCCAGUCAGACCAGUCACAACACAGAAGGGAAUGAACUCUGUAUUUGUAAUAGUGAAGUUAGAGCAACUUCUAGAUCCUAGGGAAAUGCAAGUCCUGAAUUGAGUUUCCUGAACGGUAAAGGAAAGUUCUGGUAUUAAGUGAGGAAACAUGUGGAACAUUGAACAGGUGUGGUUCUGCUGCAGUGACAAGUGCCUGUCACACAUCUACUCUCUAAUGGUAGUGAGUUUCUUCAUCUUCAUCAUCAUCAUUAAUGAAAUUACUGCAGGAGCAAUCUCCCAGUUCAUCACCUCACUCCCAGGCUGUGUUUGUUUUUCCACGAGUCUCUCUGCACCGUGUUGCUGUUUUCUCUUGUUUUCAGCAAUACGGUGAUGCAGGGACUUCGAUUUAUUUACACAGAAAUGCCCUGCAGAAGCUUUUCUCUUUAAAAAAAAAAAAACAAUGAAGUUAAUGUAGAUGGAAAAAAUAUCUAAACAAUGGCGAUUGUUUAAAAAGCUAAAUACUUAACAUUCCUGAGGUGUGUGUGUAUCUAUAUAUAUAUAUAUAAUUAUAAAAAGCUGAGGCACAAUAACUGUGGUGAGUAAGAGUGCCAGGAGGCUGACAGAGGGAGGAGUCAGUCCUCACAUGAACACUUCCUGCCUGUGCGCCCUUCAGUCGUGUGUUUCUUGUUUGUGAUGUAGUUUGCAGUAAGCUGCACUGUUUGGUGGCUCAGUUGAGACCACAGACCAAGCUCAGGUCAGGAGAACAGAUCCACACCCACUUAAACCUGCUAAAGCAGCACCAGCAACACAGUGAGAGUCAAGGGGUGUGCAUUCAGCUGUAAAAUCCAUGUGCUUGUAUUGCAAAUGUUAAUGUAGAAGACAAACAAACCGCUCCAGCCUUCUUUAACCUCCUCUUAAAGAUCUCUCGCCUCUAAGCUGCCUGAUUGUUUUGCUGCUGUUGUACUUUUCCUGAGUUUGUUUCUGUUUCGACUCGGACAAAGCCCUUUCUUAUCACGCUGAAGCAGACCUCGUCUCAACGUGUUGAUGUGCUCUGAAGCCGCUUGUCAGUCGCUGGUUCAUUUCCUCCUUGUGUUCCCGAGCCUGCAGGGCACAGCAUCGCAGUCAUUUUCAUCUGAGGUGUUCAGGGGAAAUAUCCCUUCAUCAAGUGCAUUUGUGUGUGUAAACAAUUCUGAUUAAAACAUCUUCCACGUUUGUGUUUUUAAUUUAAAAUGUAUCUUUUUCUAAAAUGCUUUAUUUUUUUUAUUUUUUUAAAGGUGAAAGUGAGCUGCAUUGUUCAAUGAUUUUUUUGUUUUCUGUGGUCAGAGUAGUCUGUAGAGAGACUGCGUUUCAGGCUGCUGCAGGGCGCACCAUUGCCUCAAACUAGGUCUCCUGCAGCUGAGGCUCCUUUAGAGGAGGCAAGGGAGGCAGAGCCUCCUCAAGUUUUCUUUUUUUUUUUUUUUUAUAACAUUAUAAUAUAAUUUUCAGUAAAAUACAAUUAUUGGCAAAAAUGUAUGGAAAAAAAAUAAUUUAACCUAAACUCUAGAUUCAACUAAAAUCAGUGAUGGUUUUAUAUGAGAAUAUUUAUGUGUUAACGAGAGUGAAUUCUUGGGUAUUCGGCUCUGAAGUGCUAAUAGGAUAUUUAUAGAGAUCCCCGGACUGUCGCAGCAACAGCUUACAUGCUGAAAGGUCCAGAAUCCAAUCAAGCAUCAACUCAUCAGUUCUGCGCAGCUGAAAGUGGACUGUUUGAGAAGGGUGGCAAAAGAUAUUACAAAAUGUCAUUACUGUUCAUUUUUGACUAAUAUUAAAUAAUAAUAUAUAAUAAAUGAAAAGAAAACUAUUGAUUUGAGUGUUUAAACAACAGGGUCUCACUGCUUCUGGGCAUUCAAGUUAUCAAGUAGCAGAAUACAGCAGAGUUUGUCUCUCUCUGUGUGUGUGUGUGUGUGUGUGUGUGUGUGUGUGUGUCUGUCGCACUGCUUUGAUCAUACCAUGGAGGAAUGAUCUUUCUGUUUCAUGACACUGAAAGCUCUGAUUAACCCCCUCCUGCCCAUGUCCAAUCAAACUCCCCACUACCAGGAGGCAUCUUGCAAUGUAUUAACUGACAAAUUAAAUCAAUAAAGUCCAUUUUGAGUCUUC